AUGGGGAUCAAGAACACUCUCCAAUGCGUUGUGUUCCUGAUGGCGCUCAUCAUGACCCACCUGAUACCGCCUGCCGAUGCUGAUGCAGGCAGCCCAAAAGUCGUCAUGGCUAGCUCGGGCAUCCUCCCGGCGCUGGACGCGCACGAGUCGCAGUACUACGUGAGCCUAGUGGGCAUCAGCCUGGACGCGAAGAGGCUGACGGGGGUCAGGCCGGAGAUGUUCGCCCGGCGGCACGGCGGGCAGGGCGGGUGCGUGAUUGACCCCGGCACGCCGCUGACGGUGCUGGUCCGGGAGGCGUACCGCGUCGUGGAGGAGGCCGUGUGGAGCGACCUGCGGCGGAACAGGGCGGAGCGCAUGCAGCGACAGGGCUACGGGCUGUGCGUCCGCAAGACCGUCGAGAUCAAGCGGCACCUCCAGUCGCUGUCCUUCCAUUUCGCAGAGGAGACGGCGAGGCUGGUCGUCAAGCCGGAGCAGCUGUUCACGGUGGUGGAGAGCAAGCUCCACGGGGCCGCCCUGUGCCUUGCCAUGAUCCCGGGCGAGCGGACGGUCAUCGGGGCACUGCAGCAGGUGGACACAAGGUUUGUGUAUGACCUCAAAGACGCCAAGCUGUCCUUUGUGUCAGAGCCGUGCUCUCAGGACACCGCCGGUGUGGAAUCAACUGAAUGAACCAGCCGCCAUGGGCGUAGCUGUAGGGUGGCCAGGGUGGUCCAUGGACCACCCUGGAAUUUGGCCCAUUAGUUUAGUACUUCUUAAAAAAAGAAACAUACCCAAGCCCAAAUCAG